AUGAGAGCCUUUCUAAAGAGCUCGGAGGGGUGUUUCCAGCUGAAACCCCACACCACGACCAUCGGGAGCCACAGAGGGGCCGACAUCGUCCUGCAGUCCGCAGGUGUCGCAGAUCGUCACGCAGCCCUGGAAUUCUCCCCCUCGGACAACAGCUUCAUCCUUCAGGACUUCAACUCCCCCCACGGCACCUUUGUCAACAGCUGCCAGGUCCAGAAUGCGGCCGUGGGGGUGAGGCCAGGGGACAUCCUGCGCUUCGGCACCGCGGGAGUGGCCUUCGAGCUGGUGGUGGAUGGGGCUGCCCAGGUGUCCUGUCCCCCCUUGAAACGUCGCACGGGGUGGGCGGGGCAGCUCCAGGUGGUUGCAGAGCCCAAACCCUCGGCUCCCGUGUCUCCUCCCCGCCUGCCCUCGCUGCAGUGGCAGCAUCCCCCUGGCUCUCCAGGCAGUGGCACUCCUGGAGCCCUCGGCCAUCAGCCCCAUCCUCCUCUGCCGAGGAGACCCCUGAGUGCCUGGGACAGGAGCGUGGCCAGCACUGCCUCUCUGGACACCUUCAGCAGGAGCUCUGCGCUGAGGCCAGUCUCAACCAGCUUCUCAGGUGAUUGUGCAAGCAGUGUGGGGGGAGCCCCUUCCCUGGGGACUCACAACACGGAUCUCCUCCAGCAGGAGAAGGGUGAGAAGCUGCUGCAGCUGGAGAAGGAAAUGGGUCACCUCUCUGGUUUGGAGGCAGAGUCAAAGCGCAAAGACGUGGUGAUAAGAGAUCUGCAGGAGGAGGUCGCGGCCAUGGCAAAGAAACUGGCCCAGGCGGCGGCGAGGAACGAGGUUGAACUGACCCAGAAACUGCUGGCCUUCAAUCAAGAGCUGGGAGCCAAAACAGAGGAGAUCAAAGCCCUGAGGGAACAGAUCAAUGACCUGCAGAAAGGCUCAAGCCAGGUUUUCAGCCAUUCCCUCUAUGAAAGAGACCUGGAGAUCGGGAGGCUCCGGAGAGAAAGUGAGAAGCUGAAGAAGGACCAGGCUUUGAGUGCAGGUCUGGUGAGCAGCCUGCAAAGGGAGGUCCUGCAAAAGGAGCAGAAAAUUCAGCAGCUCCAGCAAGAGACUGAAAAACUGAAGAAGGAAAAUCGAGAGAAGGACAACCAGCUGGCAGUUGUUUCUGCCAAGUGCUCAAGAAUUAAAGAGGAAACGAAGCGUGAGCUUGGAGAGCAAGAAAUAAUCAGCUGUCGAAAUCGCAUUGGGGAGCUGGAACGGGACCUGGAGGGGCUGCAGAUGGAAAUCCAGAAGCAUUGUGCCAAGCAGGAGAGAGUCCAAAGUCAGCUGGCUGAGAAAGCCCAGGUAAGUGGCCAGCUGAGGGGGGCACACAGAGGGCAGGUGUGCCCUGGUGAGCCCAUGGCAGGCAGGAGAUCCAAAUUGAUGUUUGUUUUCCUGUGUCAAUCCUUGCUGCAGCUGGAGUCCUUCAAGACCCAAGUGAUGCAAGUCUGUUCUCCAUCAGCAGCAGGCAGCACAGGGAAAUCCAUAACAGAGGAGCAGGUGAUAGAGAAGGUCAGGCAAAUCUGUGAUGAGAACCAGCAGAGUCACGAGAGGGAGAAGUGUCUGCAGGAGGAGUUAAGCUCCAGGCUCAUGAAGGAGAAGGAGGUGUCUGCAAACAUUGAGGUGCUCAAGAAUUCCCUGCGGGAGCUCCAGGCUUGCCUGAGGAACUCCUGCAGCAGCACCAGCCUGCAAGAGAAGCUGGAGCAACUGGAGGUGGUGUCCCUGGAUCCCUCCAUCUCAGCCAUCGGGACAGCAGUGGUGGACAUGGCACGUGUCCCCCUCUCCUGGCUGGAGGACACAGAGCAGCUCCUGGCCAGUGCAGGGAUGGACCUGUGCACCUCUGGCCAAGGGCUGUUGGCUGCUUUCAGGAGCUUGUUGGAAAAGACUCAGGAAGUGGCACAGAGGAAUCAGCUGUUGCAGGAGCAAUUAGAGAGGCUCCAGCAGUCACAGGCAGAGAUGCUACAGGAGCACACAAAGGAGUUGGAAGCAAAACAUGAGCAAGACUUGGAGAUAAAAAUCCAGCAAAUUAUCCUGGAAAAGGACAAGGAGAACAAAGAGAUUCUAGAAAGCACUCUUGCUGAGGAGAAGGACAGGUGUAAGAAAUGUGUGGAGGAAGAGCAGAAGAAGAUCCAAGAGCUGGAAAGCCACCUGAAAAGCAUGAAUGAGGCAACAGCAAGGAAGGCAGAGGAGCAGGAGGUGAUAGAGGGCAAACUGAAAGAAGCUUUGCAUGAGCUGGAGGAAACCACUGCCCGAGAGGUGUUGCUCCAGCAGCAGCUGCUCGUGCAGGAUGAGCAGCUCAGGGCUGUCCAGGAGGACAAGGAGUUACAGAGGCAGAAACUGCAGGAAGAAAUAGCAGGAUACAGGGAGCAAAGCAAGCAGCAUUCCCUGACCAUCGUGGCUUUAGAGGACAGGCUGCUGGAGGCCACACAGGAGCAGAAGAUGCUGGAGGAGGAAAAGGCAGCACUCGUGGAAAAAAUGGAAGGUCAGCAUCGGGAGCUUGGCUGGAGAUUUGCACUGAUCUUUCCCAGGAAACUGCAGGAGGAGCUGGCAGUGGCACAGAGCAUGCUUCUGGAAAAGGAGGCCUUCAUUGCCAGGAUCACCAGGGAGCUGUCAGAGAGCAGAGCCAGAGUGUCGGACAUGAGAGGGGAGCUGAGCGAGGAGCAGAAGGUGGAGCUGGAGAAGAACCAGAGCCGCCUGAAACACCGGGAGCGGGAAGUGAACCAGCUCAGGGAGAAGCUAUCCCAGAUGUCCAGCCUUGUGGAGGAGAAGGAUCGAUCCCUGAAAGCAGCAGCUGAAGAGUUAAGGCGAGCCCAGGCCCGCUGCCAGGUGCUGAGGGAUGCUUCCCAACAAACGGUGGAAAAGCCUGAGGAUGCUCCCAGGACACCAGUGCGGGGGGGUGAAGCCUCCCAGAGGGUGCCCCCGUUGGACUUGGCUGACCUCGGUGCAAAAUGCCGAGGCCUCAGGCACCAGGAAACCAUCCAGCGGCAAAAGGAAGGUUUGGCUGAGCUCCGGGAGAGAGUAAAGAUGCUGGAGAAGAGGCAGAGCUCAGGUGCUGUGAAGAAGGGUUUGGAGCCACGGGUGAAGGACUUACUGGAGGAGAUAGUCCAGCACACAGGGCUUGAGAUGGAGCCUGUACCCAUGUCAGGAACAAAACUGAAGGCUGGCAAGGCUCCUGGCCACGUUCCUAAUGGGGGGUCCCUCAGGAUCACCAACAGGGCAGCGAGUUUGGAGAUGGCUGAGGUGACAGACCCCAGUGAGAAGAUGUACCUUGAUGUGAUCGGUGCUCUGGGAAGCCUGAUGGAGAUGAAGGAGCUGUCGGGAAUGCAGCCUCUGCAGCACCUUCCUCUGGAGGAGAGGGAAGAAGUGGGACUGCAGAGACAGAGGGCCCUGGAGCUGCUGUACAAAAAGAUCAGGAACCUCCAGCAUCGCCUGGAAAGGAAAGAAGAAAUGCUAAAAGAUUAUGAGGGAAGCAUGGAGCAGCUAAGGCAGAACCAAGCGUCCCUGCGAAGGUGUCAGGAGGAGAUGUCCAACCUGGAAGAUGAAGCCCACAGGGAGGCAGAAGAGAAGGCUCUGCUGCGAGAGGCUCUGGAGAGGACACAGCUCCAGCUGGAGCAGGAGAAGAGGCUGCGACGAGCGGCCAAACGGCACAAGCCUGGAGCCACGAAGCCUCUCUGCUCAGGCAAGCCAAGAGCCAAAGAGCACACAGCAGAUGCUGUCAAGAAGGGAAGCUCACAGGAGAGGCACCGCAGGGGCGUUCAGCAUCUGAUGGUCUGUGGUAGGAACAAGUCACCACUAUAAACUCUGUGAUGGUGGAGCAGGCUUGAGAUGUGGGUGCACUUUGAGUAGCUCCUGUAGGUAUCCUGUAGCUUCUGGGCACGCUGGUGUGACAGUACAGUGUGUAGGACCUAAUUUGCCAGCAGUCUGUGUCCCACACAGCAUGGUGGGAUUUAUGGCAAUGGAAGAGGUGGUGAGGAUACAACCCAGCCUAUACAUGUGUGUAUAUAUAUUUGUGUGUGUAAAUACAGCCAUGAUGUGUGAA